AUGAACGGCCACCUGAGCGGUCUCCAUAACAACUCACUCGAUGAUGAAGACUGCUUCCUCUUCACUUCCGAGUCCGUCGGAGAAGGACACCCCGAUAAGAUCUGUGACCAAAUCAGUGAUGCUGUGUUGGAUGCACACCUCAGACAAGACCCCGAUGCUAAAGUAGCAUGUGAGACUGCUGCUAAGACGGGGAUGAUCCUGCUUGUGGGGGAGAUCACGUCCAGGGCCAGUGUUGACUACCAGAAGGUAGUCCGGGACGCAAUCAAACACAUUGGAUAUGACGACUCCUCCAAAGGCUUUGACUAUAAAACCUGCAAUGUGCUGGUGGCUCUGGAGCAGCAGUCGCAUGACAUUGCUCAGGGCGUCCAUCUGGAUCGAAAAGAGGAAGACGUGGGAGCUGGUGACCAGGGUCUGAUGUUUGGAUAUGCCACAGAUGAGACUGAGGAGUGUAUGCCCCUCACUAUUGUUUUGGCACACAAGCUUAAUGCCAAAAUGGCUGAGUUACGCCGAGAUGGAACGCUGCCGUGGCUCCGACCCGAUUCCAAAACUCAGGUGACCGUUCAGUACAGGCAGGAUCGAGGCGCCAUGGUACCGUUGCGCGUCCACACUGUCGUGGUCUCCGUACAGCACGAUGAGGGUAUAUGUUUGGACGAGAUGCGCCGUUGUCUGAAGGAGCAGGUGGUGAAGGCAGUGGUUCCCAGUGGGUACCUCGAUGAUGAAACCGUAUACCACCUGCAGCCCAGUGGUCGCUUCGUCAUUGGAGGGCCGCAGGGUGAUGCUGGUCUGACCGGACGUAAGAUCAUUGUCGAUACUUACGGGGGUUGGGGUGCCCAUGGAGGCGGAGCUUUCUCUGGGAAGGACUACACAAAGGUAGAUCGCUCUGCUGCCUAUGCUGCUCGCUGGGUGGCCAAGUCUCUGGUGAAAGCUGGGCUCUGCAAGCGUGUGUUGGUCCAGGUAUCCUAUGCUAUUGGAGUCGCCCAUCCGCUGUCUAUCUCCAUCUUCAACUAUGGGACCUCCCAGAAGAGUGAGAAGGAGCUGCUGGAAAUUGUGAAAAAGAACUUUGACCUCCGUCCGGGAGUUAUCGUGAGGGAGCUCGACAUGAAGAAGCCCAUCUACCAGCGCACAGCAGUUUACGGUCACUUUGGUCGUGACGUCUUUCCAUGGGAGGUACCCAAGCAGCUGAAAUACUGAACCCUCUCUCCUCUAAUCUUCUUUAGGUGUACCACAGAUAAACGUGUGUUUGUCUGCCUCCCCCCUCCAUCCUCCUUCUCCCUCAUCUUCCUCUUCAUAUUCACACACACACAGCCAAGUCGCCACAGCUUCUACUUCAUCAGAUGCCCAUUUCCUAUUUGUUAGCAGAUUACACAUCUUCAAGAGAGAACAGUAGUAUUUCAGAUGCCAAGAUAUUGACUAUGUAGAAGAGAUGUUGGAGGAAAUGUGCGAAAGAACAUAGGAACAGCUUCUGACCAGUUACCAGUUAAGUUUUUUUUGCUUUGUUUUGUAUUUUGUCCUUCAGAAAUGUCGCCUCGUGAUCAAGAGUCUCACUGCAGUUUAAUUGUAGAAGUGAUCCGUGGUUGGCAUCCUGUGUUGCUUUCUCUAAAAUGCCCUAUGUCACCUAAUUCUGUUGGGUUAAUGACAGUCCGGCAUCACAGAAAAACAUCAGCUCCCUUCUACUCACAGCUUUCACCAUCUCUUGUUUUUGAAGUUUUUGAUGGCACGUAAGGAUCAAACACCCGUCGAGCGCUUGAACCUACCAGCCAGUUUUCUUGCGUGCUGUCCCUUCAGGCCACAUUUUUCUGACGUUUUACAGAGAAGUCAGAAGCUGCUAAUGACCUUGUGGUUAUGUUGGGCUGCACCAUGAAAUCACUCCAUUUUUGAAAUUUAUUUAGUUGGUUUAAAUGUCAUGUGAUUGAUCCAAAUAAUGUUGAAUGUGUCAAUGUCCUACUGACCAAGUUGAGGAUAAAGGUACAGCACCACUCCCCCCUUUCCUGAGAGUGAAUCUGGGUGUAGCUACAGAGAAACCCAGGCUCAGUCACCUCGGGACAGGGGUUGUCUUUAUCCCGUGGCACCACCAUACUUGAAAUUUAUAGAAUGGCAUUUAACGUGUGCCAUGUCGCGUUUUUCUAUCUAAAACUGUUUACCGCUCCGUUGCACACGUUUUUGGCUCCUCCGGUCUUACUUGCACACUGUAAAAGUUCGACUUGCAUGGAAGAAGAUGAAGAGCAGAUCCACAGGCAGACCAAGACAAAGAGAUCAGAAGCAGCACACAGGCGGCUUAGUGAAUGUAAGACGUGGUAUUAUUGCUCUUGUCUUCUCAGCUGGUUUUGUACGAAUGAGAACGUGGGAUCAGACGUGUUACUGAGGGCUUGUAGAUUUUGAAUCUGUCACAGGAGUUACACAGCACAUUGGUUCUUUGAGAUACCAAAAAAUGGAACAAGGCUUCUGUUAAUGUUACAUGUACAGUAGUUUCCAAAUGAAUGUUGAGCUUGCAGCUGACGGUUUUCUUUUUAUUUAUUUGUUUUUAAAAAUGUCCUGCACUGUACAACAUGCAAGUCUUUUUCCAGACACCUAACCGUGAAACGAUCUGCGCUUUCCCCUGUCACUUUUUUUAAAGACUGUUUUACAGAGUGUACUUGCAGCAAAUGCAGAUAAAUUGAGGAAACAAAGGUGAGGAAUUGCCCUUCUCCUUGAUUUUACUCUUAGACCUGUAUCCUCACAAUAAAGUGGAAUGGUUGAGGCUAAGCCACCAGAGGCUGCAACCAAUGAUUAGGUCUAUGAAAUGUCCAAAAACGGCAACAAAGGUCGAUCCAAACGGUCCCCAAAGAUCUUUAGAUACAAUUUUUUUUUUUUUUUUUUUGUCUUUCUUUCCUGAGAACACUAUCGUCUGGUCUUUAGUCCCUCCUCUGGCAUCACCUUGUGGUUCCUUUGGUGUACUGCUGAGAAACCUCAAAUAGGAGCCAUUGAAAUGAAUCCGCCUCCAUCGUCCAGUGAAAUGACUCCCAAGGAAUUUUUUUUUUUUUUUUUUUUUUUUUUAUGUCUGCGUUCUCAUGCUCAUCCACAGACGAGACACAUGAUUGGUUGGUGUUGUACAGAGAAACCGGCCCGUUUACAUUGUCUUCUGUGGGGAGUUUUAAGAAUUUUUCUUUCCCUUAAAUAGAUUUUCGUCAUGAUUAGAAGUGAGUCUGUCAGUGCGGUUGCUGAAUGUGUAAAAGUGCCUUGUCUCACUGUCUGCAGUGUCCCUAUCCCCUCCUGACAUAUUGAACCUGUUCCCCCCCCAUUCUGUAAUUCAUACUGUGGAGUCUGAUUUGUUGAUGAGUUUCUCUUUUGAACCCUUCAAAUAAACUGCACUCUUCCUUG